GUAGUGCCGCCGUGCCGGCACCCCGGCCCAGGCGGCCCGACGAGGCUGCCGGCGUGCUGUGUCGUGCCCCGGGGCACGACAGCACGAAACGGGCGGCGGCGGCCCGCGCGGGGGCGGCAGCGGCGGACGACCGGAGACGGCGGAAGGCCAAGAGCGAGGAAGCAGUCGGCGAAGGGCGGAGGCAAGGUCCGGGCACGCGGCUGGAGGCGAGGUCCGAGCUCGUGGACGGAGGCGAGAUCCGAGCAUGCCGGAGGUGAGGUCCAAGGCUCCGAGCUCGCGGACGGGAGGAAGGGAGCGGCGCUGCGGAUCCGGCCAGAGGGGGGAGCGGCGACCGGCAGCCGGAGGGGGAGCGGCGCGACGCGAGUCGCAAUCGCCGGUCGCGAGGAGAAAGCGAUGGGAGGGGGGAGUGACGCGAGGUGUUUGACGGGCCGAGGCCGUGCCGCCCCGUGCUUGUGCCUUAGCCGGGCCGGGCCGUGUUCGGGCCGUGCUUUCUCGGGCCAUGCCCAUGCCGGCCCAGCGGGCUCGGCCCAGUUGGCCACCUAUACUGUCAGAUGUAAUCCUAAAAUUUAGGCUAAGCUUCCUCUGCUGGUAGCCCAAGCUGGCGAAGCAGGCCUUGGUGCUGGGCUGCUGGCCCAUACUGGCCCUCCUGAAUACAUUGGCAGGUGCCUUCACCAUUCAGUACUGUGUCGCUGACCUUCUCCACCAUCUGUUGACUGAGAUCAUGCUUGCGUAACUAAUUCUCGAAGAUGCCGUUGGUUAUAUACUCAACAUUCAACAACAUCGAAAGAAGGGCAAUUUUGACCGAAUAGCUUAAAUGUUCAUUAAUCACCGUGUUCGGUUGGUGCAUUAGCCUCCAGCCAUACAGUAUUUCUCUCUCACAUCGCUCUAGCACUAGUCUCCAGCCACCAGUCAGGUAACAGUGUUUUUCUCUCACACCACUCUAGCUCCAGUCUGCCGAACGCAGUGAAUCUGGAUUUAGAAUUCUUCCACGGCCGUUUCAGUAUGUCGACAUUUUUUUUACCACACAGUUUAGGAGCUUUCCUCUGUUUCUGCCUGUUGCGUACUAUCUGACUUCUUAAUUCUACUAUUGGAUCAUACUUCAAUCAAUAACUAUUAUCAUCACAUAUUAAAAAUGUGUAAUAACAAUAACCAAAUUGAUGGGAACCUUUACAUACCCAAACUCAAAGGUCUAGACAUUGACAGCAAGCAUUUUAUAUUUUAGUCAAUGCAGUUCGAUUGCACACGUUCUAUGGUGUCACUAUUUUCUGUUGAAGAGAGUACUUCAAAACACAUUCCUCGCUGUUCAUAAUGCAUCAAAGUCAAGCUAAGAAAAUUCUACUCCUACUAAACGGUGCCGUAGUAAGACAUAUUCAUGCGAAUCCCUCGUAAUCAAGUGCCCAAUGUCAGAUAAAUCGGCUCCUCUCUCCAUCCGCCAUCUACCUCAACAAUCAUCCUACUACAUAAAAUGCGAUAAAAACCUCGAGCAUCCACACUCCUUUCGUCGGCACCUUUUCCCCCUCUGAUAUCAUAAUGCACGCUGCCGCCGUGCUACCACUGCUUGUGCUCCUGCUGCCUCCGCUCGCCGCCGCCCUGGACGAGGACUGCACGCCGGCGUCGUGCGGGAACCUGUCCAUCAGGUACCCGUUCUGGCUGCGCGGCCGGCAGCCUCCCUACUGCGGCUACCCGUCCUUUGGCAUCGACUGCGACCCGGCCGGCGCGCCGCCGCUCCUGAACGGCUCCUACCUCCGCGUGCUCGGCAUCCAGUACGGCAACAGCUCCGUCGUGGCGUUCCACACCAACCUCGCCAACGACCCCACCGGCUGCCGCGCCACCAAGUUCAACGUGUCCGCCAACCUCGUGCUCUCGCUCGUCAGCAUAAGCCGCGCCAACUGGGGCCUGUUCCUCUGCUCCAACUGCUCGCGGACGCCUCCGGCGGGGUCGUUCCCGAUGAACUGCACGGGCCCGGGCCGGUGGUCCGUGUACCUGAGCCGGAGCUACGAGACCGGGGGCCCCGUGGAGGAGGCGGCAUCGACGGGUUGCCAGUACGCGGCCGUGCCGGUGAUGCCCGGGUCUGAGCUGAGGGCGCUGGGAGACUACGAGAGGCUCGUCAGGCGCGGGUUCCUGCUGGAGUGGACGCUGCCCGGGGACUGCGCGGCGUGCGACGCGAGCGGAGGACAGUGCCGGCACGACGCCGACGUGAAUGCGUUCAGGUGCCUCUGCCCCGACGGCAGCACACAGCCGGCGAUGUGCCCGCGCGGUGAGUUAGUUACUGAUCCCACGAUUCCGCACGAGUCCUAUUUUUCUUAAAUCCUGCGUUUAAUUAGAACUGACUUGAAGAGAAUAGUGUUAGCCGCCAUUGAUGGGACAAACUCUAGAAGAUGACUUAGAUGAAUAUUGAUGCUGAAUAAUUGAGCGCACGUUAGCUGGUAGAAGCCGAUAGAAAUUAGUCUGCGAAAUGCUGAAACUGGAAUAAGACCGGUCUCAGUGGGAGUUUCAUGGGCACAGUUAUCUAGACUGAGAACUAAGAAACUGUGCCAGAUGAGUUUUAUAAGAAACUGUGCCAGAUGAGUUUUAUGGUGAUGAAACUCUCCUCACAUUCCAUGAAACUCCACUCUUCUCUCUUCAUGCUAUGUCAGCAAAAUUAAUGAUAUUUAAUAUUAUGAAAUUCUCCAUGAAAUCCCCAUUGAGACUGGCUUAACAUACUGUGCCAUGUUGCAUCAUUUUGACCAGCAAGUCAGAGCGCAAAAGCCCGAUGCAACAAAGCCAUUCUGUUCAAACAAAAAGAUGCAAGAAAGCCAUGCUUCAACUCUCGAAAUAUCUACUACCAUUUAUUAAUGGGUAAAGUCCGUUUUUCAACCCUAAACUAUCACGAUCGUCCGAUUUUGGUCCUUGAACUACGAAACCAGACAUACUACACCUUGAACUAACGAAACCGUUCGAAAAACAACCCUAGACUCAGCCUGAGGCGGUUUUGAUACAGUACAAUUUUCGAAUUUCUAGAAUUUCACAUCUCUCUCAAUUAAAUAAUGGAGAAAACAUAGU